AUGUCUAAUCACUAUAUUGAUAAUGUUGCUGCGGAAGCUUCGGUUCGAGGUCGUCGUUGGUGUUUUACAUUAAAUAAUCCUGGUGAAUUUCGUCCAAAUCCGGAGAAUAUGAGGAAUCUUCGAGACUGGAAAAUGGAGGUGCGUAAAUCUCGUUGGUGUCAGGAUAAGUAUCCUGAUGCGUUUUGGAAAACAUCUGAUAAGUGGUGGUGUGGAUACGCCAGCCAGGUAGAGACAAAGGGUGGAAAGGUGGAGUUUGUUGCUGAGAAGAUAGUAUAUGAGGCAUCACAACUGGAAACUAAGGAAUUCGACAAUAUUAAUUUCGAAAUACUUAUAAUUGGAUUUUAA